CUCACUUCAUUAAAACAAGUACCAUUUGUCUUUCUUACUUGGCAUCUUUCCUUUUCCCAACAUGCUCCUUAAAUUCACUUCUAAUGGUUGACCAAACGCAGACAUCAUAUUUUGCAAAGACAAUGGAGAGUGGAAGCGAGAGAUGGAACUUUCAGGGGAACAAGAAGCUCAGUGCUUCUUCCAUCUCUGUGAGAGGAGUCUAUAACAUGUUGAUGGAGAGAAUCAACAAUAAUGAACACAAGAAACCACUGGUUCGUUUGUGUCGUGUGGAUCCCACCGAUAACCCAAUCUUUAGGACUACCCCUGAAGCUUCUGACGCUGUUGCAACUGCUGUUCACUCCUAUAACUUCAACUCUUACCCUCCCACUGUUGGCUUACCUGAGGCAAAGAGGGCUAUUGCAAAUUAUCUCUCUUCUGAUCUUCCAUACCAGUUAACACCAGAGAAUGUUUUUCUCACCGCUGGUGGCGCACAAGCUAUAGAUAUAAUCCUACCUGUCCUUGCAUGUCCUGGUGCCAACAUUCUCCUUCCAAGACCAGGGUAUCCACAAUAUGAUUCUCGCGCUACUUAUUGUUUCCUUGAAGUUCGGUACUUUGAUCUUUUGCCUCAAAGAGGUUGGGAGGUUGACCUUGAUUCGAUUGAAGCUCUAGCAGAUGAUAACACAGUGGCCAUGGUCCUCAUCAAUCCUAGCAAUCCAUGUGGAAAUGUGUUCACAUAUCAGCAUUUGAAAAGGGUUGCUAAGAUUGCGAGAAAGCUUGGAAUCCUGGUAAUUUCUGAUGAAGUUUAUGCUCAUGUAACUUUUGGAAGAAAUCCAUUUGUACCCAUGGGGGUGUUUUCAUCGAUAGUGCCGGUUAUUUCGAUUGGAUCUUUAUCAAAAAGAUGGUUUGUUCCUGGUUGGAGAAUUGGUUGGAUAGCCACUUGUGACCCUCGAGGAAUUUUUCAGAAAACUGGGGUAGUGACAAAUAUCAUUAACUAUUUGGAGAGCACAUCUGAUUCUCCAACUUUCAUUCAGGCAGCAAUACCUGAAAUCCUUGACAAAACAAAAGAUGAUUUCCUUUCAAAAAAUAUUAAUAUGCUGAGGGAGGCUGCAAACACAUUCUAUGAUUUAUGUAAGGAGAUUCCUUGCUUAACAUGCCCUCACAAACCAGAAGGAGCCAUGGCUGUUAUGGUGGAGAUUAACUUUUCACAAAUUAAGGAUAUUAUUGAUGAUAUGGAUUUCUGUGCCAAGCUUGCUGAAGAAGAAUCUGUCAUUAUUCUUCCUGGUGUUACGGUUGGACUAAAGAAUUGGCUUCGAAUUAGUUUUGCUGUCAGCACUUCUGAUCUUGUAGAUGGCCUUAGCAGGAUAAAAGCAUUUUGCCUUCGAUAUGCAAAGAUGCCAUGAACUCGUGCAUGUCAUAUGGUUGGGUGUGGAAGGUUUUGAUUUCUUAGGCAUGUAAUAUCUUAUCAAUUUGGAUAAAUAUAUGUAUGAAGAUAUUUCUUCUUUUGACAUGGUAGGGUGUAGGAGGUGUUGAUUUAGGCAUGUUAUAUCUUAUUAAGACCAUUUUUAUUUGACAAAAUGUAUGUAUGAAGAUGAUCACCUUCUUCUUUUUCUAUUAUCUCCUGUUCUAUAUAAAAAGUAAAGUAUGAUUAUAA